UUAGCUCGGAACGCCAUCUUACUUUCAGACGGGGGUUUUAAACGACCAGAGGCGGUGACAGGUCGGAGGUUCGUGUUGGCUGAGGAUAAAAGUGCCGUGACUCUGCAGCAGCAUCAGUCAUGGCUUUUUGCUGUUUAUAACAGGAAAAAGAGAGAGCGCGUCAGGAAACACCGCCGCCGGUUGGCCUGAACCGAGCUACCGAGAGGAGACGGAGGGAGGCUGGGUUGGUUUUUUUUUUUUUUUCCGCUGAAAGAAGUUAUUGUUUAUGUUAUUUAACACGGACAUGUCCUCUUCAAAUCCAGAGCUGGCAGACCCUAACCUGGGUCUGGGAGCGAGUGGAGCCCAAACAAGUGGUGUGGCGGCGGCACCGAAGGGCACCAACAAAAGACGAGCCGUGACAGACAUUGAUGAUGAUGACGAUGAAGAAGGAGGAUCCAAAUUGAUGAGGUUUGAUGAUGAAACAGGAGGCUCCAGCAGUGAAAAAGAGCGCUUUGCCAGGGAGAACCACAGCGAGAUCGAGCGUCGGAGGCGGAACAAGAUGACCGCUUACAUCACAGAGUUGUCUGAUAUGGUGCCGUCGUGCAGCGCGCUGGCACGGAAACCAGACAAGCUGACCAUCCUGCGAAUGGCCGUGUCCCACAUGAAGACUCUCAGAGGAACUGGCAACACCAACGCUGACGGGUCGUACAAACCGUCCUUUCUCACCGAUCAGGAACUGAAGCAUCUGAUCCUGGAAGCAGCCGACGGCUUCCUGUUCGUGGUGUCGUGUGAGACGGGCCGCGUUGUUUACGUCUCCGACUCGGUGACACCUGUCCUCAACCAGCCGCAGUCCGAGUGGCUGGGCUCCUCGCUGUACGAUCAGCUCCACCCAGACGACACCGAGAAGCUCAGAGAGCAACUCUCCACCUCGGAGAACAACAACACAGGGAGGAUGUUGGACUUGAAGACGGGGACAGUAAAGAAGGAGAGUCAGCAGUCGUCGGCCAGGAUGAAUAUGGGAGCCCGUCGAUCGUUCAUCUGCAGAAUGAGGUGUGGCACAUGUCCCGUGGAGCCCAUCUCAAUGAAUCGACUCAGCUUUUUAAGGAACAGAAACAGGAAUGGUUUGGGUUCACCCAAGGAAGGGGAGCCCCAGUUUGUAGUGGUCCACUGUACAGGAUGUAUCAAGUCCUGGCCCCCCGCAGGCGUGUCGUUAACAGACGAUGAAGCAGACAACAACCAGGGGAGCCGCUACUGUUUAGUUGCCAUUGGGAGAUUACAGGUUACUUGUUGUCCAGGGGAUACAGACCUCGGCAGUAUCAGUGUUCCAAUCGAGUUCAUCUCCCGCCAUAACUGCCAAGGUUUGUUUACCUUUGUAGACCACCGCUGUGCUGCCUCUACUGGCUAUCAGCCCCAGGAUUUACUGGGAAAGAACAUUGUAGAGUUCGCCCAUCCUGAGGACCAAGGCUUACUGAGAGACAGUUUCCAGCAGGUGGUGAAGAUGAAAGGCCAGGUUCUGUCUGUGAUGUUCCGGUUUUGCUCCAAAUCCAGAGAAUGGAUCUUGAUGAGAACGAGUUCCUUCACCUUCCAGAACCCGUUUUCAGAGGAGAUCGAGUAUAUCAUCUGCACCAAUGUGAAUGUCAAAAACUCAACCCAGGACCCUCUCACUCCCAUCGCUUCCCCGGGGGCUGCGAUGCCUCUGGGUCAGAGCAGCCCGACCCAUCACGCCGUUGUGCUCAGCCCCAGGCAGGUGGCCACCAGACAGUUGCAGCAGCAGCAGCAGGCUGACCUGGAGGGAGGAGGAACCAGAGAUGGAGUGUACGAAACAAGACCGAGCACCCACACACAGAUGCCGGUGCAGCCGGUGACUCCAGCAGGACCAGACCACAGCAAAAGCCUGGAGAAGCCGGAGCUCUACCCCUCCCUCUUUCCAGGACCAGAACCUGUGAAGGGCAUGCCCUCCACCCCCACUCCAUCCACUCCGAUUUACGCCAACAACUUUGCUGCUGGUCGACCCAGUGAGACGUACAGGCCGGUCAGUAUGACUCCACAGAUGACGCCUCCAGCACACACAGCUGGACCCAUGAUGACUCAUAUGUCUCGUCAGAACGGAGCCCCGCAGACUGUUGCCCCAUCAAGCACUAACAGCUCCCUCCAUGGAGGAUCAGGAGUGGGGUGGACCGGGGCUGGAGCCAGACCCCAGUUUAACAACCAGCAGGUGGCACCCCAGGCAGCGAAGACCAUGUCCCCACAGUUUGCCCACAUGGGGGGAUUCGGAGGCGGCUCUUCCAACGCCUUCGGUCAGAUGCCUACUGGUGCUGCUCCCACCCCCACCAACGGCACAAACUACCCUCAGAUGAACCCCCGGGCCAGCCUCAGCACCAACGGCUACGAUGGGUCCCAGUCUGGAGCGCAGUUCCCCUCCCGGGCGGCGGAGGCAGUGUGGCCUCAGUGGCAGGGCCAGCAGCACACUCAGAGCACCGCAGAGCAGCAUCCUCACGCUCAGGGAAACCAGCAGGACAUGUUUCCUGACGUGCUGUCGAUGCUCGACCAGCCCGCCACCUUCAGCAGCAACGAUUUCGAGAUUCCCAUCUACCCGCCGUACACAGAGUGACGUGUCGGAGCCUCGUCUUCCUCUUUGUCUUCUGCUCUCUCUACACCUCAGGCCCUCUGCUUCUCCCCGCUCCCGAGUGUCGCAGUCUUCCCUCUCUUUGAGCGGCUCAAAUCUGCCAGUCAGUUAAAGAUGGCGGCAGAUGUGCACAGGGGAGGAUAAUCAAGAAUUUACUUCUGCUUAAAGAGUUAUUUUCACAGUAUUUCAGUUUUGAAAAGAGAUUUCUCUAGCUAGCACUACCCAAAGCUCAACACCAUAUUGUAGAUGUAAUAUCAGUAUAUUAGAUAAAUAUAUUUAAAAAAAGCGCACAAUCACCCGACCACACUUGAAUAUACUGCACAAGAAAAGACACCCUCUGGUAAAUGUACACACAAAGGCCUUUUAUUCUGAUGUCAGUGGGUUUUUUCUCAGGCAUAGACUAAGAGACUAUAUUUAACUUUUUUGGUAUUGUGAGGAAUAAUUUCAGCCAAUGACCUAAAAUAUUGUGGAACUAGCAGGGAUUUGUGUUUCCUUUCUUAUAUUUGACAUUUUUGGUUUUAAAUCAACAGCACGUCUCUGCAUGACGAAACGACUCUCAUGGAGAGAUUCUGUAGAUUCUGCAGUCGGAGUUUUAGUGAUUUGUUUUUUUUCUCCUGAGUAUUUCAGUGUCACGUGUGCUUCGAGCUCAGCAGAGAAGUGCAGACCAGCUUUUUUUGUACUUUCCUACAGGUUUGUAUACGCAGUAUGCAUCUGUGUGUGUUUCUAAAAUGGAUGUAUGCGGUGUAGCUGUUCACAAAAGGUUGUGAGAAUUCUGCCUCGCUGGGUUUAACGUCAAACCCCCGAACACCUGGGUUUUUGUAUUCCUUUUGUAAAAGACUGCAAUAAUUAACAAGCAAGAAUUGUGUACUUUUAAAGCCAUUUUAUCAUUUCCUCUAAAAUUGUUUUAUUUUUUAAUGAGAAAAUGUGAUUUGUUUUGUAUUUUAUUUGUUGAUCUGUUUCCUGUGAUUGGUUUGUCGUGGUUUGAUCAGGGUAUCUGAGAUUAAAACGGAGUGAAGAGUCAAAACCGAGCGGACCUACGCAUGUGGAUUGUGUUUGUUUUGGAUCCUCCUGUUUGUGAGUCUUUGCCAGCAGGAUCUGUGCCGGAUCACUUUCUGCGUCGCUGACAGGAAAGACGAAAAAGUAGCGCUUCUGAAAUGUCUCAUUUUUAAAGUGUGAGAUUUAAAGUUCCGUGUCUGAGUCACAGUCGUGUGUGUCCUGACAGAUUGUAGAUAAUUGUGUUGUUUUUCUCUUUCAGAGGAUGGCAUGUUGAUGAUUGUGUUGUUUUUGUU